AAAAAUGCAACACAAACUCAAAAGGUUCAAGGUUAGCCAUCAAACAACACAGUUGUUUAAAUCUGGAAAGAUAAAUAAAUUAAGCACUACCCCAGCAGUUCCCUCACACAGUUACUCAUCAAACGGAUUUUUGAAAUAUAAUCGCAAAUAAAUCUCAGCCCUCAAAAGCUGAUCUUGAGUCACUAAAGCAGCUAGAGCGAAGUCACAAAGGAAUCCAAGAACGAUCAAGAUCCUCAAAUUUCCAAAACGGAAGUAUCCGUCCAAAGAAGAGCCAGACAGAUCUGAUCAAUGAGAUAGGUUUCCUCAUAAAGCAGGAAAAAUAGGUUGUCAAAACUCCUUAAAGAUCAACACAGAGGAGCUAGGCAGAUCCAAAGAGAGUAUAGCCCAAGUGAGAUCUUCCUGGGUGUCAAAAACGAUCUCUUCUUGGUCAGGCUCGAGCAGAAAUUCGAGAAGGAAAAUUUCUCAGAGGUGAAAUAUCGGAGGCUAAGUGAUUACAAAACCGAGACCAAUUUUAUUACUUCAGUUAACUUCAUACCUAAAGUUAUCUCAGAAGUAAAGGCAUUUGUCCAUGAUCCUUUAAAGUACUACUACUUGGCAGCAUUAUUCACUAUGAAGAUGCUCAAGAAUUAUCUGAGCAAAAUAUUGCAAAGGAAAAUGAAGAGCCGAGUUGGAUAUACCCUCACAGAGUUUUGCCAAAAUUGGAUUUAUUACUGAGAUUCGGCCAUUUCGAAUAAUGAUGACAACCCUGCUCUUUUCGAAAUUAGAGAAAUCAUUGAAGAGUAUGCUUUCAAAUGAAACCUCAAAAUGAAUACAGAAGAUAGUCAGGAAGAUUCAACUGCUAAUACUUCAGACUUGACGAAAAUGAGCACUUUGAAAUACCAAAUCCCAGUGAGUUUGAAUAAAAAUACAUUGCUAAAAAAAGGACAGACUCAACUUUUUGGUAGCAUCAAAAAGGAUUUCUGAAUUCCUCCCAAAAAUUUCAAAAGCUCAGCAUUAAGUCCUGAUUAUAUGAAGAACAAGCCUAGCUCUAGACAUUCAUAUCGUAAUUCCUACAAAGUUACAAAGAAGUCCAAGACUGUGGAGAUGAAGAAAGCCAUCAUUGAGAAUAACUCUGAAGUUAUUCGAGAUAUCAUGAAAGAGCAGAAAGGGUUCAACAGACCAAUCUGGGGCAGUCUCCUACUCCUUGCGAUAGAGCAUUCAAACACAUAUUGCGUAAAGCAAAUGCUGAGGCAAGGAGUGGACUCUAACUUUUCUGAUUCCAAAGCGAACAAUGGACUUCACUUAUUGAUGAAGAACUUUGAUGAAAAAGUAAUACAGAAUAUGGCUAUACUCAACCUACUAAUCAAGCAUAAUACCAAUGCGAACAAAUUUAACCAGGAAGGGUUUGCUCCUCUUCAUAUUGCUUGUUGUAAUGAGCAAUAUACUGCAAUUGAAAGUAUGAUCGAGGUUAAUCAGAGGUCUCCAACCCCUGUGUUUGACCUUAGCAUACAAGAUAAAAUCCACCAAAACACUGCCCUCCACAUUGCUGCUAAACUAGGAAAUUAUAAGUUAAUAUUAGAAUUGGGUAAAGGAAAUCCAGAUGCUUUUGUACAGAAUAGAUACCUUCAGACUCCCUUCCAGAUUUGUAAAUAAAGUCCUGGUCUGUACAAAGUUGAUAUCAAAACUUGAAAGAAUACAGAUUAAGUCAAUUAUGUUCAAAACCUCUCCAGCUAAGGUGAAUCCCCCAUAUCUAGCAGGUUAUUCCAGUUUUGAGAGAGAGCCUCGAAAGAAGAUUAAUACGAAAGAUUUCUGACAAGAGCUCCCUGUUGAUAUAAAAAUGAACUUCAUAAAAUCUCCCAAAAAUAACAAGAGAAGAGUGAAUAGCACAGUGACUCAUAAAUUUGGAAGAACAACAGCAGGUCCAAAUAAAUGGAAUUUUGCAGCUUUCAAAAAGCCUCCAGUGACUUCCAGAUUCAGCAGCACGAUGAGCUUAUCGGGUAUUAACAGGACUUUGAUUAAAAGUAAGUUUGUUUGUGAUUCCAAAAGACCAAAAAAAUUACAUGUCCCGUGAAAAACCUAUUGUAAAGCCGAGUUCUUUGUUCCCAUCCCAGAGCCGCCAUGUGAGCCAGAAGCCCCAAGCUGUCUCAAUUAACCUAAUAGAGUGCCU